AAACGAUAGUCUCAUGUAUCACAUAUUCGUAUAUAUCGAUGACGUAAUAAAGAUUCAUCAUGUGGUGCAUCUAAGAAAUGACGUAAGUGGGGCACCAUGAGCGAAUGAUCAGAUUUAAAUAAAAAUAUGGUGUUGGGCGGUGACAUGUGUCGUUAUUUGGAUCAGUAGUUCUUUAAUUGUAUGAUACAAUGUUUCAUUUACUGAAAUGUUAUUAUAAGAAAAUUGAAAAUUUUAUCAUAUCAAGUUUUCUAAAAACGUAACCUAAAGUGUAUACAUAAGUCAAUAUAAAUUAUAGAUAUCAGUUUUUAACCUUAAUAUAGAUUUUAAUAUAAGGCUAUUAUACUUUCAUGUUGGUGAUACCUAAAAAAUUUUGUGCGGUUACCAUAGCGAGUUAUUAGAAGAGAUAGAGUGAGAGAGAGAGAGAGAGAGAGGUUAUGUCGACAUUUCAUCUUGACAGGCGCAACUGCUCAGCUGCGUUAAGAAGUAGAAUAUAAAAAAAGUCGCAAAAAGGUUGCGAGCAGUCAGUGAUCAUUCGGCUCUCGACUGAGCAGGUAGUAGGUAGAAGGAUCUUAUCAAUUUUUUCGAAGUGAACACAUUUCAAUUUUGCUAUCUUUCUGAUUUGUUCAGAAAAUCAUUUUACAAUUUCGAAAAUAAAGAUACGAAAGAAGAGAGCAAAUAUGGACGACAAAAGAAUUGAGCAUAUUGUAAUGACACCAAAAUGCAAAACUGGGAAUUCAACAACUUUGAUUAUAGAAAGGCAGGCUUUAGAACCUCCCACAGAAAAUGGAAAUGAUAAUGUACAUGUGGCUGGUGGAGAUCACAAAGGAAUAGUUAUCAAUAAACAAGCUAUUAAUGUGACAAAUGGUGAAGUAUUACCACCUCAUCUGUGUCUUCAAUUUAGAGUAUUUUUAGUAAGUACACAAACUGGGAAACAUACACAAGAGUCUAGAACACUUGAUUUUUGGUUUUGCGACACUUGUUCAGAAACUGAACAGCCCACUGUUGCACAAGAAUUUUUCAGAGAACUGGUUGCACCACAAGAAUUUCCAAGAGAUUAUGUGGGAUUUAUAAAGAAAAUAAUGAAACUAAUGCAACAUAAGUACUCCAGUAUUAAAAAAUUAGAAGUUGAACUGAAACAACUUGAAGAACCAGUUUCGCUUCCGACUAGACCAUUAUCUACAGAUGAAGCUGUUAUGGAUCAAAUAGUAGAGCUCACUAUAGAAAAGGUGUUGGAACUUAUUGAAUCUGCUUAUCCAAAUCCAGUUACUGUGAUUGAUAUAGCAAAAGAACAUGGUUGGGAAGUAUCCGCAGUUGAAGCCAAAAUGAAAGAAUUACAGGAAAAAGGUGUUGUAAAAGCAAUGGAACAUGGAGCCUUCACUAGAGUAGUACAUCAAGAUACUCAAGUUCAGGUUGUUAAACAAAUGCCUACGAUAGCCAGUUCUAAGCAGCCAACAAUAGCAAUUAUCACAGCACAGUAUUGCGAAAAGCUUGCAGUAGAUUCUAUGAUCGAAAAUAAAGAAACAUUUGUUCGAUACACGACUGUAGGUACAACAACAUCGCCAGAUAUGACAGACGGAGUACCGCGCGUGAUUUGCCGUUUUGGAGAAUCAAACGUGUAUACAUUGGGUAACAUCGGUGCUCAUAGGAUUGUUUGCACAAAACUACCAACCGUGGGUCAUACUCGAGAAGCUAUGACCGCAGCAGGGAAUACUACGACUAGACUAUUAGGUACUUUUCAAAAGGUUGAUUUCGUGUUCCUGGUGGGUGUUGGCGGAGGUGUACCGCAUUAUACGGAUUACAACAAGCACGUGAGGCUCGGCGAUGUGGUUGUUUCACAUCCAACUCUGAUCAAUAAAAAAUAUGUAUACGUAUACUGCGAGAGUGCGAAGAUGAACGAAAAUGGUAACUAUCAUUUCGAGACCAAAGAAUACUGUCCACCUAAUCUAGGUCUUCAAGAGAUAGCCGUUAAUCUUAAACAACAGUCGGAGAAUGAGAUAAGUCCUCCUUGGCAAGAGUAUCUGAAGGAAGGUAUAGAAAAUUUAGGUAAUCAAGCGGAGCACGAUUUCAAAGCACCACCCCCUGAAUCUGAUAAAUUGUACAUGGCUAUUGGAGACAGAGACGUCAUCGAAGUUGCUCAUCCUAUUGCUCCUCAGGAUACGACGAACAAGAGAAUGGAGGGUUGUCCUCGAAUCCACUUAGCCCCAAUCGCUUCGGGUCGACAAAUUGCACGAGACGAUCAACUCAGGCAAAAAUUUGCCACUCGGUUUGGUGCUCUUGCUUUCGAUGCUGAAAUGGACGCCGUCGUUGAAAGUAUCCUUGGAAAUUGUAGAGAGAAUUUCGCAGUGAUACGAGGUAUCUCCGAUUACAAGGAUGGUUCUCGUAUCAAGGAAUGGCAACCUUACGCGUCUUUGGCAGCUGCGAGUGUUAUGAAAGCCGUUAUUUGCGCUAUGGAUCCACCAACCAAUGUUUAAUCUUCAUUGCUUUCCUGUUCCUUAAGUGGAUCGUUACACGAAUUACUUAAUACGUCAUGUAUCGCAUUAAAAUGCGAUAUGGACCAAAUCUUUUCAUAAUCGAACGUCAGGUAACUUCGUUGACUAUAAAAUUGAUCGGCACAAAGUGCAUAAUAAUCGGCGAAUACUUUUGUUCGUCAUUUUUCACGGAUAUAGAAAUCUUACUAUAUACGUAGAAAUUGUUAUAAACGGGCCACCGGCAAUUUCAUUUUCUACUUUUAUUUCCGUUUCUAUUCGUCGAAUUUUUAUGAUGUAAUAGAUUUACACGAGGUGAUUUCCGAUAUAAAAAAUAUAUGACGUAGAUGUUCGAUAGGUACAAUGAGAUCGUAAACCAUUUUUGGUUGCUGGUCAACCGUGCAAUAAAACGAUUGAAAGAUACGCGUAAUUAUCGCCUUUCAAAAUGAUUUUUUUAUGUAUUUUACAAAGAUUUAAUGUUUCUACUGGAAAGUGCCAUUUUUUCAGAUAUCAUUUUUCUGACAAGAAAUCAAGUUCCAAUUCGAUUUUAUAUCACAACUUUUUCUGCACAAAUAUCGUUCGGGAUAUUCGAACGUGGCAAUUAUACUGACAAUAACGGUUGAUCUUAUACAAACGAGAUCUUCCUUGUAGUUUUCCAAUUAAUUUUAUCUACUUAGCUUCGUUUAUCAUUAUUAAUUAUGCGCGAAUGCCCAUGCCAAUAGAUCGAAAAUGUACCGUUCAUGUCAGUCGAAAAGUUUAUAUCAAUGUGAACGCCGAACAAAUUUAUACCGAUAUUGAUUUUAAUUAUUUCAUAGAAACAGUGCCAUUGCUACUGUCCGACAUUAUAGAAUAUUUUUUACCUAAAGUGAUUAUCUAAAUUAGAUCUGCAUUUAGAAGUGGUUCCUUGGAUAUCUUUUCAAGAUUAAACUUUUAAUAGAUCGAUUUCAUGAUUUAUGAAUAAAACGUAGAGGAAGAAAGUAUUAAAUGUUAGGACUGAAAGGAAACGAGAAUAAAACUCGACUAUUUCACGGAGUAUUUUCGCUGUCGUACUUUCCAUCGUAAUAUAGGUAUCAAUCUCAACUUGAAUUUACUCGAUGAACGUAGCUAGGUUUAGAUGUGAUAGUCACUAUAAAGAAAAAUUACGUUGCCAUCGUUUGGCGAUAUUUCUCAAAAUCCAAUCAAAUUAAUCGUUACAAUAUUAGGUACAUCUAUGAUCAUUACAUAUUUACCAGAGUAUAUUGAUGUUUUAAAAAGAUCACAUUUUAUUCAGGAAGAUGCAAGAGUGUUAAAGAUUACCUAACGUAUAUGGAUACUUUUGUAUUGAUUUACUAUUGUCGAAAAAAGAAUCGAUCGAGGAUAAAAUCGAUGUCUUCUCAGAUGAGUGUUCUUAAGAACUUCGAGAAUAUUGAUAAGCGUGCCAAUGUGUUCAUACGUACGAAGUAAAAAAUACUAUCUUUGAACAAAUUACAAAAUUCGAAUUACACGAACAUAUCGUUUUUUCCAAAAGCGUAUACGUUUCAUCCAACGUUUAGUAACAAUUCCGAUCAAACUUUAUCGAAUCCUUCCAUUACAACACUUCCUAGCAUUGCUAAUGCUUUAUAUUCUAAAGCACAGGGUAGUAAGUAAGAACUAAAUUAUAUUGUAUAUCUAUACAAAGAUUACACUUAUAUACAAGUGGGAAUAAAACGUAGGAAAGUACUAGGUGUAUAUAUAUAUAUAUAUAUAUAUAUAUAUAUAUAUAUAUAUAUCUAAUAUCUAUUGUGUUAGUAGUGCAAGUCAAACAUUUUAAUAGACAAAUACGCAUGAUUUAUUACCGAGAGUGAAAGUAUUUAUCAUUUAUAAAGUCUUUUAACUUAUAAGUGAUUAUCAUAUUUAUUUAUUUAUUUAUUAACAUGACAUAACGUUAUUGAUUAUUAAAAGUUAUUUUCUUUCUCUUUAAAUUGUAUCCGAUAAACAAAGCGAUCUAUUAUAUCUAUCGCUGGCACAAUAUCAAAAUGAUAGAAACUAUGUUUCUAAGGGUAGGAAAAGUGGACCGAAAAGACGAUGAAAAGUCACUUGUUGUGUAGAAGUACAAUAUUCAAAUUCUAUGAGCUAUAGAGAGGGAGAGAGAGAUAGCGAGAGAGAGGAAGAGAGAAAGAGAGAAUCAACUUAUGCAUUAUAAUGAUAUAAAAUGAUAUAGUAUAUAUACAUGAAUGAUAUGAUAUAUAUAUAUAUAUAUAUAUAUAUAUAUAUAUAUAUAUAUACACAUAUAUAGACGAGUUAUAUAUUAUAGAGUAAUGAAUUCGAUUUACCUGAUGAAAGAUUCCUAUGUAUGGCCUAACUUUAAUUUUAUGAUUAAAAUAUUUCUUUUUCUUGCGUUAUUGCGUUAAUAGGAAGUCUGACAUAUAUAUUUAUUCAUAUAAGAAUCAAUUAUGGCGAUACACAGUGGUAUAUUAUAAAAUAUGAGAAGGUCUUGUAAACGUUUUGCGUUUCUCAUUGCUUUGGUAGAAGUUACUUUCAUGCAUUUAUAACCGCGUAAGUUUUUACGACAAAGAAUAAUAUAAAAAGCUUUGCGUUUCCAACUGCGCAGUGUAUUUGCAUUUUUUCUUAUAACGCGCUUUCAACGCUAGUCGCACUAUUGUGUUUCAUUAUUCGUUCACAUAUAAUAAGUUAAUAUUUUAAUAUUACAGAGUAAUAAGAAAUUCCUGGGUGAGGUUUAGUAAUAAGAUUUUUAUCAUAUAAAUGAUUUCUUUUUAUUAUUUAUUGAGUAUCUAAUAAUAUUUUACUAUUUCUUCUAUUUUACAAGUUUUCCUUUUAAUGGUAUUCAUAUUAUACAAAAGAUAUUUUAAAUUUAAAUCAAGGAAAUUUUAAUCUUUCCAUUUGUGGUAAAGAUGUUUUAUUACAGAAGUUUUAACAUUGUACGAAUUUUUCAGUAACGGGUUCUUAUAUUAUUAAAAAAAAAAAUAUCGACGUUAAUACUUCUGCAAAAUUCGUAUACAUUCGAAACGAUAAACUUUUAUACGUAUUGAAACAUACAAAAAUAUCGUUAUCGAGAACAAUUAUAUUAUACAGUAUUCUAAGUAUCGAUGCGCCUUCGAUAAUCAUAUGUAUCGCCUUUUUGAUAAAAACUAUUACAGAUCAAUAAUUAUCAAUUAUGCAAUAAAUUUUAGUUACAGUGCGUUUGCGUAUUCUCACUGCGCAUACAAACAUACGAAUUUUUAUUAAUACUACAUUUUUCUCGAUGUACAACCACAUUCGUAUCAUGAACCAUUCCUGUUUUGUGAAAUAAACUGUUUUACGAGUCAAAAUUAAAA